AUGGCUACCUACAACAUCAUCAGGUGGGGACGGCGUUACCGCUUCAUUCAUAGUGUGCGCCACGUGCAGAUAAUCAGAAAAGGCCAAGUCAAGUUGCUCAAAGGGGCCACCCAAAACGCUGCGAGGCACUACUCCGUGGAAGGAACCAACCUCCCACAGGCAACAAUAAAUGAGCAAAAUUUCACCACACAUUAUGAGGACACCACGCCACAGGUGAUCCUGCCCAUUGAAGAAGAGAUACGUCUAGGGGAAAACACAUCCUCACCGGAAAGUAGCAGCAUAACAACGAGCGAACUGCUAACCAUUCACAAAGAAGACGCAGAAAUAAUGGUCCAUAUUAUAAACCAUUUAAAAACUGCUAGAAAAACGAGUAGGAGCUUCCUGGACUUCCUCACCCUAUCCACCCUACACAAAGAACAGAUUGAAAAGGAGCAAAAGCAACUCUACUGCAGCGACAAAAUUAGGGACCACCUGACAGAGUACCUCCACUUCGCUGUAAAGAAUAACCACUACCAUUAUCUGUUUAAUAUUUAUGAGCUGACUUGCCUGUACAAAAUAGACGACGUAGAACUGCUCAGACAACUGCUUGAGCAGAUACUUAUCCACACAACCAAUGAGGAAGAAAAAGUCAUUCACUCCUACUGGAUCGUAAAAAAUCUAACUGAAAAGAAAAAACAUGAUAGAGUUAUUGCUGUGUUGCUAGCCAAGUACCUUUUCAACGAUUCCUUUUUUAACUUCCUCCAAAGAAACGCAUGCAUCAGUAGCAGCUUUGUCACUCUCCUAAGUUAUGUGUCCGACUCGAUUGGGUAUUAUCCAAACGGGUCUGUCCUACCGUCACUCCACUGCACGCUGAGAAAGUACGCUCUCCAUUUUAACAGCAAAUUGGAAAAGGAGAUAGAACCGAAAAUGUUGAACAAUGUAGAGGAGCUAGCCAAAAUGCAGGAAAUUUUUCUAAAAAACGGGUUCUACGAUGAUGACAUCAAUUUGUUAAUUAAACGGCUUGUAGUCACUUGCACUUCGUAUGUCAACCCGUUCGACCUACUCGUGUUGUCAUCGAAUGUGCUGCUUAGCUUUGCAAAAAAUGACCACCCGUUACUGUAUCCUAGUGAGCAACAGGGGGGAGUAACACCCCUGGAAGGAAGCCUCCCCAACGCGGACAACUUCCCCAAACGGUACAGAAACUUCCUAUCCGCGAAGACCAUGAUAGACGUGGUCAUCAGAACGAACGACCCCUACAUGGCCAACACGUGCAACGAUCUGGAGUACAUCCAGAGGUAUAUCCUCCUCUGCUCCUACUGCCACUUCACUCUGUUUUCUAACUGGUGGGCAGACACUGUAAUUUGUGACAAACUGAAGAAGAAAAGAAAGCCUCAUAAGGCAGUGGUACGGUCGAGAAUGCCAUACAAAAGUCACCUUGCUGAUCAGGUGUCCCACUUGCUAGAAGCACUUCUGCAAAGGUAUGGAGGUUCAUCCCAGGAAGAAGUAAACCCCUGUAUAACCGUCGACGCAGUGCAAAGCAGGCCAGACUGCAACCCCCCAGGAGACACCAUAUCCAAGUACCUACCCUACCUGCUCAAAUCCUUCAUGCGCGUGGCCAUAAACAAACCAGAGAUGAUACACAACCAGUCGUAUAUCCUAUUUUUCGAAGAAAUAUUUUUACACAUAGUUGAUGCGUUCGUUGCAAAAUAUGAGCAAGGCAAAAGGGGAAGCAGCCUAAAUGAAAACAACGCAAGUGUGAAAAUGACGAGGGAGUAUGCCCCCAACUAUGGUGCCCACCCAGGGGAUAACUCAAAGAAGGAUAAGAGUAACCUCCUUCCAUCCGCUAAUCAUCGACCACUGUACAAGGAUGACGAAUUAAGUCUGUAUGAACUGAGCUCCAUCUGUGAGUUUUUCUUUCUGGUGAAACUGAUUAAGGGGAGUGUAUCUCCAAAACGUAGAAUGGUCGCACGAAAAGGGGUAUCCCUCCUUCAUGCAUCAUCCAAUGAGAGGGAAAACCAGAAUAAUUGCCCUUUGGACAAAUCUAGAGACGCAUUCGAAAAAACACUGUACAUAUUUCUGGAAAGAUUACCCCCUUCAAGUGAACUGCAUUCAAAUGGCCAAGACGUCAUUACGUUGGACAAACAAGACAUACUUAAAGUGUUGAUGAAUAAAAUAAGAUCCUGCGCAGAACCCGUUUUUCUAUACUACUUAAUGUUAAGAACAAUACUACCUAUUCUAUUUUGUGAUACCCGUGAGGAGUGUUUAGAUGUGACUAAGAGGACAAUUUCCUGCAUCCUCUCUCUACCAUUCCGAACAGAUAUCUUUGUGAAAGGGUUAUCACCUACGCAGGAUGAUGACUCAACAGAGAAGCAGUUUCAUCACAUUUUAAGGAGACUCACUCAGUGGGAAAAUUGUGUUAUAUCUAUAAACAGCCAAAGAAGAAUUAGAGUACAAACAAAACGGAGGGGUCUUCCAUAUGAUUUUUUCUACGCCGGUGACUUUCUUCGACCUUCGUCUAUUUUUUUGCUUUGCCUUAAUGAGAUGGCCAAAUGGGAAGACGUGUACCAACCCUUUUUAGAGGAAGUUUUUAUUUCUGACCACUUGUCUGAAGGGAAUAAGAAGAGCUUUUCGGAUCUCAUACGUGGGGCACGCGACUCAGUCGAUUUUAGCGUCUCUAGGUUCUUAAGGGAAAGGCGGGCUUAG